GGCGGGGCCGGCGGCCCGGGCGCCCUUUAAAGCGACCCGCCAUCCCCCGGCCCGGCACCGAGCGCGCCAUGAAGCGAGACCCGCUGCCCCUGGAGGAACGGCCUGAGCCGCCCGCCCCGCUCCUCUCCGCCACGGUCCCGGGGGAGCCGGGCGGCGCGGAGCUGGCGCAGCCGGUGUGGAUCUUCGGGUACGGCUCGCUGGUGUGGAGGCCGGGCUUCGAGUUCACGUCGCGCAAGGUGGGCUUCAUCCGCGGGUACAGCCGGCGCUUCUGGCAGGGAGACACGUUCCACCGCGGCAGCGAGAGGAUGCCCGGCCGGGUGGUGACGCUGCUGGAGGAUCGCGGGGCAUGCACGUGGGGUGUAGCCUACGAAGUCCGUGGGGAACAGAUUGCUGCAUCACUCGAGUAUCUCAACAUGCGAGAAGCUGUCCUGGGAGGCUAUGACACCAAAUUGGUGAAGUUCCACCCUCAGGAGAAAGAUGCAGAGGAACCCAUCCUGGCUCUUGUUUACAUUGCAACACCCCAGAACCCUUCUUACCUUGGCCCAGCGUCUGAAGAAGACAUUGCAGCUCAAAUCAUUGUCUCAAGUGGUUGUGCUGGUCAUAACAUUGAGUACUUGCUGAGACUGGCAGACUUUAUGCGUUACUUUUGUCCUCAAGCAGAGGAUAAACAUCUCUUCUCCAUUGAAGAGGCUCUUAUUUCCAUCCUUCCAUGCCUAUACUGCACAGAGGAGUCUCCAGAAGAAACUGAAAGUGUCCCUCAGAAGUCUAAGGGUUGAAGCAGAAAGCUGUUUUUGCAGGAUCCCAGUAGAAGGGACAUAAGGGAGAAAGCAAGGGGGACAGUCAACUCUGAUAAAAUAUACUGGACUGAGCAAAUAAAGGGAGAAUUAGCAAGUAGUAGGGGAGGGAGGAAGUGGAGUAAAAUGCACUUGCUGUAGAACUUGAUUAGUACCUGUUACGCUACUUACCUGUAGUACCAUGAUAGCCGUCACCGCUUUCCAGAUGGGGAGCGGGGAUCUUCACUGGAACUUUGCUCUGUAAGACUUGCUUCCAGGGGUCAAACCUGAAGCACUAAUUUUCUUUAGAGAAGAAAGAGGCUCAUCUAUUCUGUGCACUUUUUUUUUUAAUAAUUUGAAAGCUAGUUGAGCAGGACUUGACUGGGUUUAAGCAGUAUGUAUGUAAUUCUACCUCAGACUGGCAAAAAGUUGUUUGUGUGGUGCUGGAGACUUGGGCAGGGUCUGCCAAAUAAGACCUUUUUUCCCCUGCCAUGUCUCACCUCCAGUACAAUGACUGAAAAAAGUAUAAAACUGUAGAACCUGACACUAAAUUUCAGGACUUCUGUGCAAUAUGAAGUGAACCAGUCUCUGUAGGCUCUUUAGAUCCUACUUCCUUAUGUUGUGAAGGAUCACAGUAAUGCACUUAUUUUCUAAAAUGUUGUAUUUAUUGUGUGUUGUAUUUCCUUUUAGGAGGGGUAGCAGAACUGCUCACAUGCCACAGUGGUAUGUAGCCCAUAUUCAACCUUGCAUUUGUGCCUUCUAGUUUUAAAUUAGUUUUCUGAGGAGUUAAGCCUGCUUUAAUGACAGAAGCUUUUCUCCAAGCUUCCCUGACCUUGUGCUGCUACAGACUCGACUGACUCCAUAAGAAAUGGCCCUGCCUGUGUGGGCAGCCUGUGCUGUCUGCAGGGAGGCUGCCUGGAUGCAGCAGCACUUUAACUAGCCCUGUGCUGGACGAAUGUCUGGUGCUUCAGGAUGAUGUGGGUUUCUGCAGAAGUGUUGGAGGGUUCCAGUUCCACACCUGGGAGUCUGUCACGCUUUUAUUUGGCUGCAAAGGACCAUGACUGAGCAUAUUUGCAAGCCUUUGAGCUACUGCAAAGCCUGCCUUGAUUGUACUAGGCAGAGCCACUGCUGCAACCUCCGACUCUUCAGCUUCACAUAUUAACAGCAUGAAAACCCAUAGUAUUUAGUAAGAAAACUGCUGCUACUGCAACUGCAGCAAAAUAGCUCUUGAGAGCUGACCCUUGGGACAUUUACCUUCUCCCAAAUAUCGUGUCUUUUUUACUAUUAAAAACAAAAAAAGGAUAGGGACUGUUUCUAUUACUGCGGCUUGUAUGUGUAUGAAGUGGUACUGUGCUGUGCCCAGUAAUAAACUGACAAAGUUAGUCUUCUGUACUUUGGUCUUUUUUGUUACUGACUUAAUUAAAAAAGAAUCAGUUUGAACUUUAUUUUUUUUAAAGCAAAAACAAACAAAAACCUUACUAGAUAAUGCUGUUCUAGUUUUUGUGUGUUUUGUGGCCAAAAAUAAAAAGGCAACCUCACUGCUGUGCUACUGGAAGAUA